AAUUCAACUCCAAUUUCCCUCCAACUCCAACUCCCAAGUGAUACAUUUCGCAUAUCUGAAGCUCAAACAAUGCAAUUUUGUAUAUAAACUUAGAAUGAAAAGUGACAUUUGUUUAGUUAUUUAGAGGAUGAUAGAAAAUGGUGUGAUGAUUGUUCGUAGAUGUUCAAUUGCAAUAUGUAUGCUUUGCUUUCCAAGCGGUGCAUCGUUGUGCAUUUAGUCCUAUGAACAGCUCGCUGGCGUCCAGUAAUAGUAAAGUACACAAAUAAAACACAAUAAAUACAAAAAAGUAUUCCCAUGUCGAAAAUCACUGCAAAAUGUUCGUGGAAAACUUAGUAACAGGAUUCUACCAAUCGUUGAGAGACGACAGAUGUUUGUUACUGGUCAACUUUGAUGUUGAUGCAAUUUGUGCCUGUAGAAUCUUGCAACAACUUUUUAAAAAUGAUACCAUGAUAUAUACUCUAGUGCCCGUCCAAGGGAUUCAGGACAUGAUUCAUGCCUUUGAGGAAAAUUGUGAGGAGAUAAAAAAUGUUAUUUUUAUAAAUUGUGGUGGCACAUUAGAUUUAGUGGAGUUGCUACAACCAGCAGAAUCUGUGAUAUUUUAUAUUCUUGAUAGCCAUAGGCCCUAUGAUUUAUGUAAUGUAUAUUCAGAAGAUCAAGUUCGUAUACUUGGUAUACCUGGUGAGGAUGAUGAUGAAAUUCCAAAAUAUAAUGAUAUCUUCAGGGAUGAUUCUUCUGAUGAAGAUGAGGAUGAAGAUUUAGAGAGUGAAGACUCUAGAUCAAAAAGACGAAGAUUGAAUGAAGAAGAUAUCAUGAAAAGAGCAGAACGAAGAAAAUGGGCUGAAAAUAGAACAACUGUCCUGUUCAAUUACACACAGUACAGUUACUAUGGCAGAUCGAGUGCAAUGACUGUCUUCGAAAUGGCAUGGAAUAUGUCAAAAGACAAUUUGGAUAUGAUUUGGUGGGCUAUAGUUGGCUGUACAGAACAGGCCAUUCUUGGCAAGAUAGAAACGAGAUUGAGCGUUAUUGAAGAAGGACGAAUUCAUUCUCAUGUAUCUAGAUUAACGCAUAAACAAGGAGGUGACAUUGAGAAUCAGAAACAACAAAGUAUAGUCCGGAUUAUUUAUGAUAAAGAUCUCACGCUAGCGUUGUAUCGGCACUGGACCGUGGAAGCUAGUAUGAGGCAUUCAGUACCAACUGCAGUAUCACUGAGAUUGUGGUCAGUUAAAGGAGAGCAAAGAUUAAAGCAGCUUCUAGCAGACAUGGGUUUGCCUUUAGCGCAGUCGAAGCAACGAUUUUCUGCAAUGGACCUGGCGCUUAGACAAGAGUUCAGAGAAACGAUUGCAAAGUUCGCAGGAAAAUACAAAGUAGACACGAUCAUCGGCACAAGUUUUACUCUUCAGUAUGGUUACAGAUUCAAGUACUGUGCCUCGGACAUAGUUUAUGCAAUGCUUGCAUUAAUAGAAUCUUCUUCAAAAGAUAAGUUACCACAACGCUGCUUUUUGGAUGCUUUAGACUGCUUAUCGCGCACGAAAAAAGAGAUUUUACAAACUGGUAUAGAAAAAGCGAAACUUAUGCUUAGCAGUAUCUUUAAAACUGCCCAGAGCAUUUUGCAAAUGAAACAAAUUAGAAGCGCUGGCUCGUUUCUUUAUGUAAUUAUACCCGAAGGAAGCGUUGAUAAUCAAGUGUUCGCGCAUCCGCAUUCAUUGUUGAUGUUAGCUCAGUUCAUUUUAAAAGCUUAUGUCGACUCCACGAAAAUUAGAAGAGCACCGGAAUGGCCGCUUGUUGUCUCUUCAGUAUGUAAUGCAGAAACUGGUACAUGUCUGAUGGUUGGUAUACCACCGGUAUGCGAAGAUCAACCAAGGAGUCUAUUCGGAAGAGCCUUCGAGCAAGCAGCUAAAAAUACAAAUUGUUAUAUAGAAGCAGACUACUUUGAUACUACAAUACUAAGACUGAAAAUGGAAGAAAGACCAAAAUUUAUGGACGCUUUGGCAGCUCUCCUAGCGUAAAAUUUUUUAUGAUUUAAUUGACGUAUGAAAAUAAGAAUUCUUCGGUUAUUAUUUAUUUUGUAGAUAAAACUAGUAUAGAUAGCGGCAGUUAUGACUUUUUAAAAAAUACGGCGACGGGAUUGCUUCAAUGUGCUUUAUUUUUCGUGACAUGCCGGAACUCAUUCAUAAAACUCGACUUAGUAAUAUUCAUUUUAACUCUAAUGACACGUAGCUUUAAUCAUACUGUAGAUAUGUGUAUAAAGUACAGUUUAUUGCAACGUAUAUCGUAGAACAUUUUUGUUUUCAUACGGAACGCCUAAUUGAAAAUACCGAUUGCGUUAAAAAAAGAAAGAAGAGGAAUAGCACACAUCAAGAGAAUGCGAGACAGAAUUAAACUAUACUCGAUAAACGAAAAACUGUACCUAUGAAAACGUAAACCACGCGAGUGAAUCGAUUAUCGGUAUAAUAUGCGUGUAAUGUAAAGAAAUGUGACCAUAUAGAUAUACUUUUUAUAUAAAAAUAACUGAACGUAGAAAAUAAAACGAAAGAAAGAUCACGAAUAAAGCUGUUCGAUUUUUCGUA